CAGAGCUGGAGCAGUCAGAGUAGGCGACAUGAAGCCUACCGUGCCCGUUCUGCUGUGCCUGGGGCUGAGUCUGCCAAUGGGGCUGCAAGGACCCGCAGGGACCCCACCCAAACCCAAGCUCUGGGCCACGCCGGAGUCUGUGAUGCCCUUGGGGAGUUCUGUGAGCAUCUUCUGUCAGGGGAAGCUGGGAGCCCACAAGUACCGUCUGUAUAGACAAGGAAGAUCGAGGACCUUGGAAGUAUCAACCUUACUCCACAUAAAGGCCAAGUUCUCCAUCUCAUCCCUAAGUGAAGAUGAUGCAGGGCAAUAUCACUGCUGCUACCACAGCCUCGCUGGCUGGUCACAGCACAGUGACCCCCUGGAGCUGGUGGUGACAGGAGUCUACAGCAAACCCAGCCUCGCAGCCCUGCCCUGCCCUGUGGUGACCUCAGGAGGGAACGUCACCCUCCAGUGUGGCUCAAGGCUGGGAUUUGACAGGUUCAUUCUGACUGAGGAAGGAGGAGACAAGCUCUCCUGGAUGCUGGACUCACAGCAAGGCCCCAGUGGGCAGGUCCAGGCUCUGUUCCCUGUGGGCACUGUGACCCUCAGCCACAGGGGUAAAUUCAGAUGUUAUGGCUGUUAUUGGAGUGAACCCCAGGUGUGGUCGGAGCCCAGUGACCCCUUGGAGCUCCUGUUCUCAGGUGAGCAAACCCCAGCUUUUUCCUUUAAUGACUGA